AUGGAUCGCUCCAAAUACGGGAAUGUGCUAGGAUUUUUCCUUCUGUUUUUUCAUGCAACAUUCGUGCAUUGCAGGAGAGGACGUCGUUUCGGUUUCGCUUUAACCAGAGACCUCUGGGGAACAAUGAGCCUUGCCGGGAGCACUAUGCAGGCAUAUCGACAGAGGAAGAUCGAAAGUUUGGCGAGGAUGAGUAAUAUGUCGCAAGAAGACGUCGCCACAGGCCUCCGAACUGUACAACAGGGGCUUGAAGCGUUACGUGAUGAACACAGCACUGUUUGUACGACGCUGGAGAGCAGCCUAAAAGGAAUAAGUGAAGAUGAAGCCCCUAUGCCCCGUGAAAAGCACCAUCAAAUUUCUGACAACGUUGCAAAUAUUUCAAAUGGUCUAGAAGAAGUUACAAUGAUGAUGUCUAUUAUGUCUCAUCUCAACAAUCUUGAAGCGGAAAAGCAGAAAUAUCAGGCUCAACGCCGUCGCCUCUGCCAGGAAAAUGCCUGGCUUCGUGAUGAACUGAGUUCAACUCAAAUCAAACUGCAAACUUCUGAACAGCGCGUUGCCACUUUGGAGGAAGAGAACAAGCAUCUCAAAUACAUGAAUUCCAUCAAGCAGUUCGAUGACGACAUUCAAAAUGAUGUGAAAUCAGCACCGUCCGAGGCAAAUGUGCCUUCAACAAAUGACACACUCCAAGAUCUUGGCUUUGGACCUGAAGAUGAGGAGGAUCUGCAAUCCAGUCAAUUUGCGCAACCAACUCCUGCUCACUCCAUGGCUGCGUCAGCAUCCGUUGGUUACGAAAUUCCUGCAAGACUUCGCACACUUCACAACCUGGUAAUCCAGUACGCUUCGCAAGGCCGUUAUGAAGUUGCUGUUCCUUUGUGUAAGCAAGCGCUUGAAGAUUUAGAGAAAACAAGCGGCCACGAUCAUCCCGAUGUGGCUACUAUGCUUAACAUUCUCGCUCUGGUGUACAGGGACCAAAACAAAUACAAGGAAGCCGCUAAUCUCCUCAAUGAAGCACUAGCGAUUAGGGAGAAGUGUCUCGGAGAAAACCAUUCUGCUGUUGCCGCUACCCUGAACAACUUGGCAGUUUUGUAUGGUAAACGAGGCAAAUUCAAAGAUGCGGAACCGCUUUGCAAACGCGCUUUAGAAAUCAGGGAAAAGGUUCUUGGACACGACAACCCUGACGUUGCAAAGCAACUCAAUAAUCUUGCUCUUCUUUGCCAGAAUCAAGGCAAAUAUGAGGAAGUGGAGAAAUACUACAAGCGAGCGCUAGAAAUCUACGAAAGCAAACUCGGACCGGAUGAUCCAAACGUUGCGAAGACCAAGAACAAUCUUUCUUCUGCUUACCUGAAACAGGGAAAGUACAAGGAGGCUGAAGAGCUGUACAAGCAGAUUCUAACAAGAGCUCAUGAGCGCGAGUUUGGAAAGAUUGGCGAGGACAACAAACCUAUCUGGCAGAUCGCCGAAGAUCGUGAGGAAAUCAAACAGAAAGGUGGAGCAGACGCUGGUCCCAUUGCCUACAACGACCAUGGUGGUUGGCACAAAGCAGCUAAGGUUGACAGCCCCACCGUCACAACAACGUUGAAGAACUUGGGUGCUUUGUAUCGACGCCAAGGCAAGUAUGAAGCUGCUGAGACUUUGGAAGAUGUUGCGCUAAGAGCUAAGAAGCAGCAGGAGCCAUCAUCCUUGCGGUCCAAUGACGACAUGAUGACGUCAUCGCAGAUAUCUCGCAUGACGACCAGCCACUCCUCGUCAGGUCUGAAGUCGAAGUUGAUGAAUGCGCUCGGCUUCAAUCAGUAA